AGGGUUGCCAAGCGAUUGACCGAUGCACCUCUCGUCUAUACAUACAGAUUCCAUUUUCUAGGCAACUGGGAAAGGAAGAAGAUUAUAGCGAUCGAUUGCUUGCUCUGCUCUCUGAAGAAGUUAUUAGGGUUUUGUUUGUUCAAAUUCAUCUCUGUUUUAUUAGGGUUUUGUUUGUUCAAAUCAAUCUAUCUCUGUUUCUUUCAAGCAAAGAAUUGGAAAAAGAUGUCAGGUUCCCCACCUCACGAUGUGUUGAUCGACGUCCUCACUAGACUACCUAACAAAACCCUCAUCCGGUGCGCUUGUGUCUGCAAGUCAUGGUACUCUUUGGUCACAAACCCUAGUUUCAUCAACACACACCUCAAUGCGAACAGCAACAACAACAACCACCACCUUCUUCUAACUCGAAGCCUCUCUGCUGAUGAUGCCAAUCGAGUGAAUUACUCACUACAUUGGAAAAACGAUAGACACAACUACCCUUAUUUGAGGAUAAUCGGUAGCUGCAAUGGGCUCGUGUGCCUUUCCGAUGAUUUACACGGUUACCGGGAGGUACUUUAUCUAUGGAAUCCAUCCAUUCGGAAGACAAUUGCCCUUCCGCCAUUACGGGUCAAGUUUCAAUCACACGGUCUUUUUAAGCAUAGCAUUGGGAUCGGCUUCGAUGCCCUGAAUGAUGACUACAAAGUUAUCAGGAUUGUGUAUCUCUACAAACCCAAUAAUUUUCGACCUCUGGCAGAGAUUGACAUUUUCAGUCUGAACACAGGCACAUGGCGGAACAUCAGCCAUUUGAGUCUUCCUUAUACCACUGUCGAGUGGGCUCCACAGGCUUAUCUGAAUGGGGCUGCACAUUGGCUUGCUUAUGAUGGGAGAAGGAAAGAUUUCUACUGCUUGAUCGUGUCAUUCCACAUGGGUGAUGAGAGAUUUGGCGAGAUCAUGGUCCCUGGUAGCUUUUCUCGGGAAAAUGUUGGUGUUGCUAAGUUUCAAGAAUCACUCUCUGUGAUUCAAGAUCUUUGGAGCAAAUAUACUAGUUGCAUAUGGGUGAUGAAGGAGUAUGGAGUAUCAGAUUCUUGGACCAAAGUAUUCAAUAUUGAUAUGAGUGUAGGAUUCGGUAGUGUUGUUGGCUUCACAAGGAAAGGCGAAGUUCUGUUACGGUUAUAUACUGGGUAUCUGGUAGCUUAUGAUCCCUAUACGGAACAAAAAAUGCAUCUUAUUCGUGGAUCUACAUUUUAUGCAAAUGAUUAUACUGAGAGCCUGGUUUUAUUUAGAGCAAAAUUUGCUAUAUUCACCGGUCUUAAUGAGUCUACUCAUGAUCAUCUAUAUGAGUCAAGUAAGGUUUCUUCAAGUUUGGCUUGCUUACUUAAUGAGGUUGAAAACGUUGAUUAA